AUGGCAGCCUUCAGGACCAACUCCACCAUCGCCCGCUCCCUCCUCUCCGCGGUCUCCAGGAGGACCCUCAUCCGCUCUGUCCUCGCACCUGCCGCACGCUCAUUCUCGAUCCUCGCCAAACCCGAUGCCACUACCUCCUCCGCCUUCAAGAACAACAACACUCAGCAGAAGCAGGGGUUCGCAACGUCCUUGGCAGAUUUCUCGAUCAAGUCGGAUGAUUCGUUGGACCAGGCUCAGCAGUACAUGGAUGAGGGUGUCUCCUUCCAGGCUAAUAAUAUGUUGCCUUUGGCCAUGAGCUCCUUCCAGAAGAGUAUUAACGUGCGGCCUACUGCGGCGGCACACUACAACAUGGGCGUCUGCUACUUCCAACUCGGCGACUUCCAGUCCUCCAUCAACUCAUUCCAGGAAUCUUUGAAGCUCUCCCCACACCACGCAGAUGUCCACACCAACAUUGCCACCGCCCACAUCAAGCUCAACUCGAACCUGGACGAGGCCUUGAGGCAUCUCCAGGCUGCUGCUAAUAUUUCCCCUCAGGACGCUGAGAUCCAGUUCAACUUGGCGGUGAUCAGCGAGCAGACAGGAGACUUUGACGGCGCCAUCAACGCAUACACCGCAGCGGUCGACCUCGGAAUCGAGACGGCCUCGGUCAACCUCAGAAACGUCAAGACCAAGAAGUUUGCAAAGCUUACCAAGGAGGCCGAGUUCCGGGACGCUAAGAACUAG